UAAAAAAAAAAAAAACCCGCGCACACAGACACACACCACUGGCGACAGGGGAGAGAGUUGAAAAGACGCAGGAGAGAGGCAGGAGGCGGCGGGGAGGGAGCCAUGGGAGCGGGCAGCGGGCAGGUUUCCGCGCAAAUCCCCCUCCGGCCCCGCGGCGCCUCGCCGGCCCCGGCAGGGGAGCGCCGAGCCGGGCGAGCAGAUGGAGGAGCGGAGCCCGCUCUAGGCAGCGGGCUUGGCCGAGGAAUGGAGGAGCCGCCGAGCCACCGGCUGAUUGGAAGAGAAACGCAGAGCGAUGGAGGCGGGGGUAGGAGGACGGUUUCUCUGCGGGGACUGGCGGCGGCGGCGUCUGCGCCCGGGUCGGGCGCCGCAGAGCUUGGCUGGCUUUCAACCCGCGCUCGCCGGCUCCAGCCCCGCGCCCCCACCCCCAGCCCUCCCAGCGGCUCCGCAGGGUGAGGCGGCUCAGACCCCGGGGUGCCCGGCCAGCGCGACCGACCGAGGAGGUGGCUGGACGGCCGAAGAAUGAACGGAGAAGCCGACUGCCCCACAGACCUGGAAAUGGCCGCCCCCAAAGGCCAAGACCGCUGGUCCCAGGAAGAUAUGCUGACUUUAUUGGAAUGCAUGAAGAACAACCUCCCAUCCAACGACAGCUCCAAGUUCAAAACUACCGAAUCACACAUGGACUGGGAAAAAGUAGCAUUUAAAGACUUUUCCGGAGACAUGUGCAAACUGAAAUGGGUGGAGAUCUCCAACGAGGUGAGGAAGUUCCGUACGUUGACAGAAUUGAUCCUUGACGCUCAGGAACACGUCAAAAACCCUUACAAGGGAAAAAAACUCAAGAAACACCCGGACUUCCCAAAGAAGCCCCUAACCCCUUAUUUCCGCUUCUUCAUGGAGAAGCGGGCCAAGUACGCCAAACUGCACCCCGAGAUGAGCAACCUGGACCUGACCAAGAUUCUGUCCAAGAAAUACAAGGAGCUUCCGGAGAAGAAGAAGAUGAAAUAUAUUCAGGACUUCCAGAGGGAGAAACAGGAGUUCGAGCGGAACUUAGCCCGAUUCAGGGAGGACCACCCCGACCUAAUCCAGAAUGCCAAGAAGUCGGACAUCCCCGAGAAACCCAAAACCCCCCAGCAGCUGUGGUACACCCACGAGAAGAAGGUGUACCUCAAAGUGCGGCCAGAUGCCACUACGAAGGAGGUGAAGGACUCCCUGGGCAAGCAGUGGUCUCAGCUCUCGGACAAAAAGAGGCUGAAAUGGAUUCAUAAGGCCCUGGAGCAGCGGAAGGAGUACGAGGAGAUCAUGCGCGACUAUAUCCAGAAACACCCCGAGCUGAACAUCAGCGAGGAGGGCAUCACCAAGUCCACCCUCACCAAGGCCGAACGCCAGCUCAAGGACAAGUUUGACGGGCGACCCACCAAACCACCUCCGAACAGCUACUCGCUGUAUUGCGCAGAGCUGAUGGCCAACAUGAAGGACGUGCCCAGCACGGAGCGCAUGGUGCUGUGCAGCCAGCAGUGGAAGCUGCUGUCGCAGAAGGAGAAGGACGCCUAUCACAAGAAGUGUGACCAGAAAAAGAAAGAUUACGAAGUGGAACUGCUCCGUUUCUUAGAGAGCCUGCCCGAGGAGGAGCAGCAGCGGGUCCUGGGGGAGGAGAAGAUGCUGAGCAUCAACAAGAAGCCCGCCACCAGCCCGGCCUCCAAGAAGCCAGCCCAGGACGGGGGCAAGGGUGGCUCCGAGAAGCCCAAGAGGCCCGUCUCAGCCAUGUUCAUCUUCUCCGAAGAGAAGCGGCGGCAGCUGCAGGAGGAGCGGCCGGAGCUGUCGGAGAGCGAGCUCACGCGCCUGCUGGCCCGCAUGUGGAAUGACUUGUCCGAGAAGAAGAAGGCCAAGUACAAGGCCCGGGAGGCAGCGCUGAAGGCCCAGUCGGAGAGGAAGCCGGGCGGGGAGCGCGAGGACCGGGCCAAGCUGCCAGAGUCGCCCAAGAGAGCCGAAGAGAUCUGGCAACAGAGCGUCAUCGGCGACUACUUGGCCCGCUUCAAGAACGACAGGGUGAAGGCCUUGAAAGCCAUGGAGAUGACCUGGAACAACAUGGAGAAGAAGGAGAAGCUCAUGUGGAUCAAGAAGGCAGCCGAAGACCAAAAGCGAUACGAGAGAGAGCUGAGCGAGAUGCGAGCACCCCCAGCGGCGGCAAAUUCAUCCAAGAAGAUGAAGUUCCAGGGAGAGCCGAAGAAGCCCCCCAUGAACGGUUACCAGAAGUUCUCCCAGGAGCUGCUUUCCAACGGGGAGCUCAACCACCUGCCGCUGAAGGAGCGCAUGGUGGAGAUCGGCAGCCGCUGGCAGCGGAUCUCACAGAGCCAGAAGGAGCACUACAAGAAGCUGGCCGAGGAGCAGCAGAAGCAGUACAAGGUGCACCUGGACCUCUGGGUGAAGAGUCUCUCUCCACAGGACCGGGCGGCGUAUAAAGAGUACAUCUCCAAUAAACGUAAGAGCAUGACCAAGCUGCGAGGCCCGAACCCCAAGUCCAGCCGGACUGCCAUGCAGUCCAAGUCGGAGUCCGAGGAUGAGGAUGAGGAGGAUGACGACGACGAGGACGAGGACGAAGAGGAGGACGAUGAUGAGAACGGGGACUCGUCCGAGGAUGGAGGGGACUCGUCCGAGUCCAGCAGCGAAGAUGAGAGCGAGGACGGGGACGAGAAUGAGGAAGACGACGACGACGAGGACGACGAUGAGGAUGACGACGAGGACGAGGACAACGAGUCUGAGGGCAGCAGCUCCAGCUCCUCCUCCUCGGGGGACUCGUCGGACUCAGACUCCAACUGAGGCUCGGCCCCUCGCGGGGCUCCCCUCCCCGCCUCACCUCCUCGGUUUCUCCCCCAUGUUCUGUCCCCUGCCCCGUGGCCCCUCCCCCACCUCCCACUUUUCUCUCUUUCUUUUUUAAAACACAAAAUCUGGUGGGGGCAGGGGCCGGUGGCACCCAGGCCUGGACUCCGCAGCCUCAGACACUUGGCCCUGGGCGGCCCCUCGAGCGGCCAUCAGACGGACCCACCGCCACGGCCUGGCCCACCCUCCCCGCAUGGACAGCGGCCUGGGCGUGGGCUGGGGGCCCAGAGCAUUGUGUGAGGCCCUCGGCACCUGCAGCCCGGCCCCGGGGAGGGUGGAAGCUUGGGGCGUGCCCCUUCCUCUCCCAAGGGGUGUGUGGCCCGGACCCUGACAUUGGAACUGGAGGCAGGGGGCCCACGGGGAGCGGAGGCGGGCGCCGCCCCACAGCCCUCUCCCCUGCGCCCUGCAGGAGGAAGCUGCCUGGACCCGCUGGGGAAGGGGCAGGAGUUUUUUAUAUAUGUGUAUGUAUAUAUUUUUUUUUUAAGCUCUGAGCUGUCAACGAGACGUUUCCUACCGA